AUGCCGGCGAGUUUAGAAAGAAAUGCUGAUACAAGUACGGCAAAGGGUUUAUUGAAAGAAAAGAAUGACAAUGAUAAUGAUACCUGGAAGUCAUGGACUCCAAAAAAUCUAAACACACCAGUAUCAAGUAAACUGAAAGUAACCAGAAAAAAUGAAGAAGACUGCUUAAAAAGAAGAAGACCUAAAAUUGAUUGCUCGAGUGAUGAAUUGAACGCUGUAUUCUUCCCUGAUGUAAUAUUUCUUCCCAUGGUGCUGGCAAGUCUAGACCAGGUCGUUAAAGGCAUU